AUGGCCUGGCAGUCGCCCUCGGCCAUGAACGGCGGCGGUGCCAACGGAGGGGGUGACGGCAAUGCGCCCGCCGGCACAGAGUACACAUUGCAGGGUGUGAUGCGAUUUCUACAGCUGGAAUGGCACAACCACGAGCGUGCACGGAAUGCCUGGGACAUUGAGCGCGCCGAGAUGAAGGCCAAGAUUGCAAAACAGGAGGGCGAGGUGCGGAGUGCGAAGAAGCUCAACGACCAGCUGAACAAGCACAUUCGCAUGCUGGAACAGGCCCUCACUAACGAGAGGAAGAAGAAGAGCGAGGCAGCAGGAGGUGACGCCGAGGCCAUAACAGACGACAAGGAUGACCCCAAGGGCAAGAAGAGUGGCAGGAACUCGACGAAGCCUCAAAACAAGAAACACAACUCCUUCCUCGACGUUGACUCAGAGUUCCUCGACCGUGCAGAGGCCGACCGCGAGAAUCUACGAGAGAAGUCGAAGCUCUACCUCACGAAAUGCGUCGAAGAGAUCACGUACCUCCUUACACCACCCCCGCAAGCCCCGCAACAACAGCAGAACAUGCAGCCCCUCGCAAACGGCAACGGCUACAUGAACCAUGGCGAGGCCUCGAUGGAAGAUAUCUACCUCCAGCAACAUCGCCAGAGGCUGCAGUCGCAGCUUCCAACCAUGCCAGGCACAUCGAUGCCUACCCACCAGCCUCCCAACGUACCAGUCCCGUCCGAAUUACAGAGCUUGGCCAACCAGCACCAAAUCCACCACGCACCGCAGAUGGCACGAGAGCCUUCACAGCAACAACCACUUCCGUCCAACGCUGCCAUGGCUCAAGAGCUUCUCGCUGGACAUCAACGCCAGGUCCAGAACCAGCAGCACUUUUCCUCCGUGCCCGAAGAGCAGGUUGAAAAGGUCACUCAUGCUUUCGACAACGAAGGCCGUCAAAUACCGAUACGUGGAGAUGACGCGUCGGAUGCAAGCCAGGCUGCCAACCAAGACAAGGAUACAGAUGAUUGGAUCUUCGACCCGGCAUCGGAGACAGCUCAGGAUGGCCCACCAAGGCGGCCAGACACCGAGGAGUUUCCAUCAGCGGAUAGCAUCCCAGCAAAAUCACCACCACGACCAGUCAAGAGGGCCAGCAAAGACCAUGUUAGGCGAUUGAGCAACGACCAGAAAGCACAGCAAGCCGUAGCUCAGUCAGCAGCAAAGAACGACCCGCAAAGUUUCAAAGUUCGAUUCGCACUCCGUGGUCACCUUGAUGUCGUGCGGUCAGUUAUUUUCACCGGGGGUGGCAGUCCCAGUGAACCCGAGAUCUGUACCGCAGGAGACGAUGGCAUGAUCAAGAGAUGGAUGAUUCCCGCAAGUUACGCAAACCAGCACAGCAUGAACAAUGAUCUCGACAUCCAGCCGUUCUGGUCACAUCGAGGACAUGAAGGCACUGUGACAUCAUUGGCAGCCUGCCCCGCUUCUGCUCAUUUCGCUACGGGCGGAAGAGUCUCUGGCGAUGGCUGGAUAUUCUCUGGUGGUCAAGACGCUACGAUCCGCGUAUGGGAACGAGGCCGAGUCGAUCCCAAGGCCACCCUGGAAGGGCACACAGAUGCUGUCUGGACUGUGUGCGUUCUUCCGACCAACUGUGCUAAUCUCUUUGGCGCGGAUAGUAGCAAGUAUGGAGGACCGGACCGCGUCAUACUUGCUUCCGGGUCUGCUGACGGCACUAUCAAAAUCUGGGCUCGCGACACGCAUCCUUCACCUACUUGUAUCAGCCCGCUGUCACCCACUGGAGAGAACUUUGUUGUCUCAUUCUCCGACGCAUCUAUAUUGGUGUACGACACGAGGACCGGUGAGGAAUUGAUUGGUAUGGCUAGCAAUGAGUCAUAUGACGGCACUCCAGCGACUGGUAUUACAUCAGUCGUGACAAGUUCCCAAUACCUUGAAGGCUCGUCACAAGAGGCGGGUCGCGGUGGUCCUGACGAGGAAGGUAUACACGGCCCGACGGGAUCUGCCAAUGGCGGUCUCGAAGGGGUUGUAAUCAGUGGGCACGAAGACCAUCUCAUCCGGUUCUUUGAUGCCAACUCAGCUAUUUCUUCGUUGUCGCUCAGCAAAGACGGCCGGGAAGCCGUCUCCGCUGGCCACGACGCUUCCAUUCGUUUUUGGUCCCUUGACAAGCGCAUCUGCACACAGGAGAUCACCGCGCAUCGUAUCAUGCGUGGCGAAGGUGUGUGCAGCGUAGUUUGGAGUCAGGACGGUCGCCUUGUCGUCUCAGCAGGUGGCGACGGCAUAGUGAAGCUCGUCGCUCUGCCCCAGAGCAUCCAGUCUGCAAAAGAACUUUACGACUUGCGCCUCAAGUACAAAGAUGCCUCGGUUCUCAUUACCGCGAUAUACUCCGAGUCCAUGGUCAUUGCAGCGUCAUUGUCCCAAGUCCAAAGCCUCCUACAACAUGACGCGCUACGGGAGAAGCCCCAGCUGCUCGAGACCUUCGAUCGUGCGCUUACGGGGUGUCGAGUUGUAUACGGGUGCCUAGAAGAGGAGGUACGGGACUUGAGAGUGAAGGCGGAGAACGACAACCUGAAGUUCAAAGACAAAGCGAAGUUUGUGUUCAAGGAAGAGACCUUCAAAGAGCUGCUCACCCAGAUCCGUGGCCAGCAGUCAGCGCUCAGUUUGCUGAUACAAGGAUUGCAGAUGGAGUCAAUUGCGGAUAUCAAGAAGCUGGUUGAGGAUAACAGUGUGACACUCGAUCAGGUUGUAAAGCGGUCGAGGACUCUACGGCAGUCGCACCCGAGACUGAAGGUACCGGAGUCGCUGUUUGAUCAGAAGAGUCUGAACGACAGCGAGGCCGAUGUAGAGUCCAUUGCGAAAGCUACGGAGUUUACUUUCGAUGAUGAGGUCGUCAACUCGAAAGCGUAUCGUAGGGCUAUGGCAAUAGCUAUGUCUACUUCACGCCACGAGAUCGAUGCGUCUGAGGAAACAGGAACUGCGGUACCAGAAGACAGUUCGAUCGCUCUCGAGACGACGCCUCCCAGUGUACUGAAGUCGGAAACAGAGAGAGGACCAUCCCCUCAGGCCACAACGACAAAUGAACACGCAGAUUUGUUCGAUACCCUUGAGCGCGACAUACUCUCCUUUAUGCCGCAAACCUCGUCCACGACACUUUGCUUGACUCCCAACCACACAGGGUCUAAGAGUCCUUCUUCGCUACCAAAUAAUCCUUAUGGCUCAUUGACUCCGGCGCCGCUGCGAUCAUUUAGUGGAGACAGCGGAACGGGAGUUCCAGAAGCUGCGCCUCCGUUGCCUCCUCGCCGCCCAAGUGAGCAGCAUGUCGCAACGCCCCGGAUGCGCUCAGUAUCUUCUGAUGAUAGCAUUUUUUCCUCCAUCGCACCAUCGAUUUUAUCAAAAGCGUCCACGGGAUCGUCUUACACCGUGUACGAAACUCCACCGUUAAGCCCCAAUUCGACCGGCAUACCUUCGCGAAAGCCCCUGCCCUUCAUGCAUAAGCCAUCUUACAACGCUCAAGGUAACACCGCGCGUGGUAUGGACGAAGUUGCAGCAGCUGGGGCAUCGUUACCCUUGUACAAUGUCGAAAUGCACAGUAUCUGGAUGGAGCUGGCCGAAGCCGAGAGGAAGUUUAUUGAUCGCAUAAUGAGACUGAAGCGAAUGUUCUACGAUAACAUCAUAAAGCAAUGGCCAGUCCUUGAGAAGCAUAUGGAUGCUAUCCUUAUCGGCGAGCAACUUGCGACACUUCAUCAGCAGUAUCUGCUCCAGGCGAUGGACCGUGAUCUCGCUGGCAGUACUAACGCCCUCUGCAAUCCAUACAUGAUCGAUAUUUGGGUAGACAAGAGUCAACAACUAUAUCGAGAAUACUGUCGCAAGAUGCCGCAUGCGGCCUCCUCACUAAGAACGACACAGAACUUGGACCCGAAAUUCACACCUUUCGUCAACACACUUGGUCUGAGUAUCGCUUAUUUUGGCAAGAGCUGGCAAGAUUAUUUGGAGCUUCCUCAGGUACAGAUGCAGAGUUAUAUCGACAAUCUGCAGAGGCUUGUCAGCAUCGCGGACUCCCUCAAUGACCCGAUAGCAAACCAGGAGGCUAUGCGUUUACGACGUGCUCUACAGGCCGUCACUUGGCUGAAAACAUCCAUUUCAACCUUACUAGAUGAAGCUCAGGCUCGUGAAGAUGUACAGAAUCUCCAGAGGCGUAUCCGCACAGAUGCACUAACGUUUGCGCAACUACGCCUGCAUGAGCCGGCCCGUCGCGUUAUUCAUCAAGGCGGUAUGGCAAUGAAGUUCAAGAGCCAGGGACCUUGGGUUCCAGUACACGCCAUGUUGCUCGAUAAUUACUUCAUAUGGGGCAAAGCUAAGAAGAGCAAAGGCGAUGAGGUUCUGAUAACGGACCCACCUAUCGCGGUCGCCGACAUGGAUCUGUCCCUUCCCACAGACGCAUACCAGUUUCAGAAGGCUACCAUGCUCGACCAGAUAGCAAGGGGCUCAGUCGUAUACAUCAUCACAAUCAACAACAAAGCCCAGCCAGGCAAACCCAGUCUGCUAGGCCUGUACGGCUUCCCGGAAAGGAGAGACUGGUUUGAUCAUUUCACUGCAGCUGGGACUAAGUUUCAGAGGUGA